AUGCCUACCAUCCUGCAAACCCCUCUGGUCGCCGAGACAAACGACUUCCCACGCAAUCCAACCCUCUCUCAAUCCUACACAGAUCUCGUGUCGCUAGACGGAGGUCUGCCUUACCAUGAUACUUUCAAAGAGAAAUCAGAUUUUGUUCGCUCCGAAUAUGAUCGGCCUAUCACACCAUCCAUAUCUUCCACAGCUCCUUCAUCCCCCUUGUACACUCACUCCAUGGGCUCACGGGACUCCUACUUCUCUACACCCUCAUAUUCAACCCUCGACCCCAAUGAAGAUUUAGCAUACGAGGAGGAUGACAUAUCAUUUCCAGCCUUCGACAAUAACAUCCCGCAAUACACUCAAGAACCACAGACGUGUGGACUGCGCCAGCUGAAUGGACAUUCAGAGGACUCGAUUGUGACUGCUAGUCCCACUUCAGAACAAAGCAAAAAGGACGAUGAAGAAUCAGUGAAAGACGACCACUGGGUCAGGCACGAGCCCACUCGACAUGUUGACUUCCUGUCACAUGAAUGGCAGGAACAAGAUAUCUGGUCUUCGUGGAAGUACGUCAAUGCCAGAGAACGGAAAAAAAAGCACGAUUCCAAGCAAGCCUUGGCUAACGGCGAGCGUCUGGAAAACGCCUCUUGGAGAACUUGGACUAAAGCAAAGUAUCGUUUACCUACUAUAUCACCCGAAUCUCUGAACUGGAUGAAGGAUUGUGACGUUACCUGGCUGUAUGGUCCUUUACAGAUUGAUAAAAAGUCCAAUUGGUGCCAAGAUCACUCCCCACCACCUAGUCGGCUGUCCACCUGUUCUUCGUUCCUGCACACGAAGCCCAUACUGAAGAAGAAGUCGGCGUCUGCUGCCCUCCUGGAGACUUCACUGAAGGAGCAUAACUUGUUGAGUAGAGUGGGGGAUAUCAUCCGAAUUCAGCAGUCGAGUCCUGUACCAAGGAGGAAAGGACUGUCUAGAGGUGGUAGUGACUUCUCGCUGCCUAGCUAUCGUACGACUUCAGUGUCAAACACUCCGGCUGAGUCCGCUCGGCACGAAGCUACUUCACGAUAUUCAUUUGGUACAGAUACACCAUCGGAAUGUAAGCAUGUACUAUUUGACGAAACAGUUCGGCAGGUUCAGGCUAUUGAAUCUGAAGACGACGAAAAGGAUGAACCUCUGGAACAGGAUAUUUACGAAAGUGACGAAGACGACGAUGGCGGUCUCAUGAUGGCUCCAGCCCGGUCCCGAAGUAAUAGAAGCACACCACGCAACAGCUUUAGCGAUAACAACAAGACAAUAACGCCGUUACCUUCGACAACCUUGAAGUACAGAAAAGAUACACCAGAACCACCCGAUACUUUGAAGAGCCAAGCCCAAUUUUGGGUGCCAGGACGAGGUCUACAGCACUCCGCCUCACAAGAGACUCUGAAACCAUCGAAUCCGAGCAGCAAUUUCCUGCUUGAUGAUGAUCCGGAGCUGAAUGAUGAUCCAUGGCCCAUAGACCAGCAGGGCAAAGACUAUUCGCCAUACGCUCAAGAAGACCAAGAUGAGCCGUAUGGAAUGAGAAGAACACCAUCUGGCAUGUUUAUGCCUUACGACGAAAACGAGGAAGAAGCAGCUAUGAACAAUACACUUUUCGGUCAGGCUGUGUAUGCUGUAAAUACUUUUAGAGAUAUCGCUCAUGUUGUUUGGAAUGUUGGCUGGAAUAGAGGUCGGUGA